GCCUUUUAUGAUGGCAAGUGCAAACAUUUGGAAGACAAGCUGCGCGCAGCGUAUCAAAAGAGCACCGGCGCUGAUUGCACGCCGGUGGGGUCUGCGAGUUUGAAGCAUGGGAUAGUCACGGAUCCUUUGACGGGCAAGUUCAUGGCCACCUUUGACCUUGGCAAAAAUGGCUCUGUUUGCAAAAUUUUUGUGGACAAGCAAGAUGCGGACUUUUGGUGGGAUUCUAUGCAGUCUCUGUUUCAGAAAGGUCGGCUUGUGCCAAACCUUGCGGCUGUACGCCAAGCUCAGGCAACCCGGAAAGCGACAGCGGCUGUCAUAGAGCAAAUCAUGAAAGAGAACAUUUCCAUGAAGGGUGAGGAGAAUGUGAACUACUCCAGAGACACGAAAGAAGGCUCUGACGUUUUCCAAACCUUUUUCCGUGAGACGCCAGCCUCGCAACUUCGGCCUUCAAAGGUGCGGAUUUACAAGUCAUCGCUGGAACAGCUGGAAGCCUUAGCCAAGACUCAAGACAUCCAAGGUGUUCUUGCUGGCAUGAUGCAUAUGCAGCUGGGAUGGCGCGCCAAGGUUUGCAUUGUGACGGGAGGCUGCUUCACUGACAAAGACGCGGAUGAGUUUAUCGAGAGCUCUGGCAUGACCAAGCUUGGCAUUUUUUCAUCCAGCACCACGGUGGAUCCUUCUGAUGCAGCGGUUGCAAGCCUCCAGCUUGUGAAAAAAGUCUCCAAGUGUGCUGUACCCCUCCUAUUGCUGUUCAUCCAGGAGAAGUUCAAGGUCACGCCAAGAGGCUUUGAGCUCAAUCCAACGACCAAUGAGUUGGAAACCGUUUCAGUGGAGACUAUUGCAAAGCGUGCAAGUGGUGAGGAGUUCCAAGUCUUGGGUGUGGAUGGUCCUCAAACAAAGGCAGAUCCCAGGUCAAAAGCCACCUAG